CGGAAGUGGCUCUGUUGUGGGCAGUUCACUGCACUGCACUUCAGUGGUCCUUCCGAAAUGGCGGACGAGGAUUCUUGGGAUGCUGAUAGUUUUGAGCCAGAAGAACUGAUCAAGAAGGCGCCGGGGCAUGACAAGUGGGAGGGCGAGGAUGAGGAUGAAGAUGUCAAAGAUAACUGGGAUGAUGAAGAGGAGGAAGAAGAAAAGGUGACGGAGACAAAAACAGUGACAAAGCCCUCAGAGAAGAAAAAACUUAGUGAUAAAAUCAAAGAGAAGGAGAGUUUACAAAAGCAAAAACAAGAGGCGCUUCGAAAGCAGUUAGAGGAAUCUAAAGACAGCACAGAAUGCACACCUGAGGAGGAAGAGGAGGAGGAGGAAUUAGCAGAAAAACUUAGAUUGAAGAAACUUCAGGAGGAUUCAGAUUUGGAACUAGCCAAAGAUGCUUUUGGUAUUGUAUCGAAUAACGUAACAGGAAUAGAUGCCAUGAGCCCUUCCUCCAAAGACGACUUUACAGAGUUUGAACGGUUGCUGAAAGAGAAAAUAACUCUCUACGAGAAGUCAAUACACUAUUCCAGCUUUUUAGAGUCACUGUUCAGAGACUUGUGUCUUUCAUUGGAAGUUGAAGACUUGAAGAAAAUUAACAACUCACUCACAGUGUUACUCAGUGAGAAGCAGAAGCAAGAAAAGCAAAACAAAGGAAAGAAGAAAAAGAAAGGUGGUUUACCAGGAGGUGGUUUAAAAGCCAAGAUGAAAGAUGACCUUGAUGACUAUGGGGAGUUUGAUGGAGAGAGCACCAGCCCUGGAUCGCAGAUUCUUCAAGCCUUGCACUGUCCACCCUGCGAGCGCAUCCACUGUUCACCUCGCAGAGCACUGAGGCUCCAAUGUAAGGGGGGUGUUACUACAGGUGUGUGUGGCUGCUGCCCUGCCUGUGCAAAACAAGCCGGGGAGAGCUGUGGAGGAACAUGGGACUACCUGGGGAAGUGUGAUGAAGGCUUGGUGUGUGUUUACCAGGAACCUACUGAGAGCAAACCAGAAACGGAGCAAAAGGGGAUCUGCAAGUCAGUACUUGAAGUCCUUGAAAGAGACACUUGUCGUCCAGACUGUACAUGGGAAUUCUGUCAAGCGAACCCCAAUGAGAUCUGCUCAGCUAGGUCUGUGUCAGUGGAAAAGCGUGAGUGUGGAGGUUUCUGUCAACACACUACCUGCUCCAGCUGUUUGGUUCUCAAGCAUCCAGUGUGCUCUCAGGCUUGUGCUCAAACAGACCAUAUCUGCCUGCAUCGCUUCGGGAGGUGUGUGCGCAGCCACCUGGAGGCGCGCACACAGGCAGUGUGCCACCAAAACCUGCAGAACAACAAUGAGGGUUACUUCAUGUGUUUGGCUCCUGCUUGUCCAAAUACAGCAGACUAAUGAUGCAUUUGUGGAGGAUCUGCUCCAAAGUGAUCUUGGUUUAUAAUGUAGCAUAUUCAGGCAGCUAUUUUUGAUGUUUUUUUUUUCAAACCUUUGUCUGCAGAUUGCAUAUGAAAAUAAUUAUGUGAAUGUCUUAUGCAAUUUGAUUUUGAUUUAUUCCUGUGCGUUUGUUUUUAUAAUGUCGAGAACAUUAGCUCUAUGAUCAGAUGUUCGCGUUUGUACAAUAUCACAAUUGGCCCAAGUAUUAAAUAAAAUGGAUUUUCCUUUAUAAAUAAAUUUCAGGACAUACUAUAGUUAUCUGAUUUCUUUGCUUAUAUCUGAUUCGCCUCUUCUUUGCAGUCAUUUCUAAGUGGGACUGAUAAGAGAUGAUAGUGAAGCGUUAAGACAUAAUGUGACCUCUGAGGAAAAGAUGCUCACUUGGGACAAUCUCUCACAUCUGGUGGGCUGUUACUGAAUAACAAGGGAUUUAUAGCGCCGCAAUAAGACAUUGAGCCACAGGCCAGAACAUACAGCCGAGACAUACAAUAGCAGUCUGUUCCUUUUGAUGUCUGGUUUAUAUUACAAUUCGCACACAGAGGAAAUGGUUAAUUCUGAUAAACAUGUCUGAGAAACACACGUUUAUGGGUUUAUGAUGUACAGAACAGUUGGAACGCUACUCAUGUUGGUGAACAUGGGAAGUUCUCGGAGUCAAUAAGCAUUAAAAUAGUAAAGCAUUAAAAACCCGACACUUUUUUUGCUCAAUGCAAGUGAAAAUAUUUUGGGCAACCCCCCAAAGUUUUACAAUUAAAAAAAGUA